AAAAAAAAAACUUUUCCGUCGGAUUUUAAAUUUGGUGUAGGAAGCUCAGCAUACCAGAUCGAAGGGGCAUGGAAUGAGGACGGCAAAGGGGAAUCUAUCUGGGAUCAUCUAGUGCAUAAUUCUCCAGAAAAGAUUGCUGGAAGAGUUAAUGGAGACGUUGCAUGCGAUAGCUAUCAUAAUUAUAAACGCGAUGUUGAGAUGCUGCGAGAGCUAGGAGUGAAUAUGUAUCGAUUUUCAAUAGCAUGGACGCGUAUUAUGCCUUCUGGAAUCUGCAAUGAGAUCAAUCAGGCCGGUAUUGAUUACUAUAAUAAACUGAUAGACGAGCUGGUCAAGUACAAUAUUGAACCAAUGGUAACGCUAUACCAUUGGGAUUUGCCACAACGGUUACAGGAGAUGGGAGGCUGGACUAACCGGGAAAUAGUUGCCAAGAUAGCUUUCGAGCAUUUUGGAGACCGCGUCAAAUGGUGGAUCACUUUUAACGAACCGUACCCAAUAUGUGUACUUUCAUAUGAAUAUGACACUAUGUCGCCGGGUUAUGAUUUCGCUGGGGUUCCCGCAUAUCUAUGCGUCCACAACGUGCUACUAUCACAUGCUGAAGCAGUAAAUUUUUAUAGGACACAGUUUCAACCGACCCAAAACGGUAUUAUAGGACUUACUAUCGACUCGUUUUGGAAUGAACCAAGAGGUGAUUCAAUCGAUGAUAAGGAAGCUUCUGAACUUGCAAUGCAAUUUGAUGUAAGUAUACGAGAAUAG